AUGAAUUCACGGUGUUUAUUAGUGCUAGCAGCCGCCCUCGGCGUGGCGGUCGCCCAAGAAUCCUUCAAAUGCCCUGACGAUUUCGGCUUCUACCCUCACCACAUCUCCUGUGAUAAAUACUGGAAAUGUGACAACGGAGUAGCCGAAUUGAAGACCUGCGGUAACGGGCUCGCUUUCGAUGCUAGUGACUCCAAAUACUUGACUGAAAACUGUGAUUACCUCCACAAUGUUGAGUGCGGCGAAAGGACACAGCUUGAGCCCCCAAUUUCAACUCCUCACUGCUCAAGACUGUACGGUAUCUUCCCUGACGAAGCCAAGUGUGAUGUUUUCUGGAACUGUUGGAAUGGUGAAGCUUCCCGCUACCAGUGCAGCCCCGGACUUGCUUACGACAGAGAGGCUCGCGUGUGCAUGUGGGCUGACCAGGUCCCAGAGUGCAAGAAUGAGGAGGUAGCAAACGGUUUCCACUGCGGCCCUGGUGAGGUCGCCAAUGCUGGAUCUUUCAGCCGUCACGCUCAUCCUGAAGACUGCCGCAAAUACUACAUCUGUCUCGAGGGAGUAGCUCGUGAAUACGGAUGCCCAAUCGGCACCGUCUUCAAGAUCGGUGAUGCUGACGGCACUGGAAAUUGCGAAGACCCCGAAGAUGUUCCCGGAUGCGAGGACUACUAUGGUGAUUUGGACCUGAAGAGCAUCCGCAAGAGCGAGCUGCUCGCCGGCCUCCACAGCAGCCAGUCUCAAUCCGUCCAGCCCAAGAUCAAACCACGUCCCCAAAAAGAAAAC